AUAUGCUGUCCGUGAGGGCGCCUCCUCGGCCAUCACAUGUCUGAGCUGUCACUCCUUAUCGACAUUAAUGUUGAACGAUGUGAUCGGUGCCGACACUAUGUCACUGGCCAUUCACGAGGUGUGCAUUAUAUUACAACUAUCGUCGCCGAGAGUAUGUGUGGGACUUAUAGACCAAAUGAAAGACACCGUCAACUUUAUUAGACUCAAUACUAGACUCAAGGCUACCGAAGUUUGCGGUGUACUGUUGGGCAGUCAGUGUUUUAUUGGUCGAUCGGAUAAUAUUUUCUGGAAACUGGACAUACCUGAGCCCAUGUUAUCUCAAAAUAGCAACUAUCAGAACAUGAGAAGCAAUAGCGCCGUCGGUGUAAAGACCAGUCAGAUAUUACACUUAACGGACAUACAUCUGGAUCUGGAGUAUCGCUCCGGUAGUCAAAUCGCGUGCAACGAACCCAUAUGUUGUCGAUCGUUGGCUAUGAAUGACUCGCCUUAUAAUAACACUAAUAAUAUAACAAAUGCCGGCAUUUGGGGCUCAUAUCCAUGCGAUAUACCGUUGAGGACAGUGGAGAAUGCAUUCACAGAAAUGUUCAAAAAUACUAAACACGUGGAUCUAUGGUAUUGGACGGGAGAUAUUGUCGCACAUGAUAUAUGGAAAUAUAGUAAAGAGGAUAAUAUCAGACAUAUGGCACUACUAACUAAACUACUUGUCCAGUAUAGCAACGGUAGUCGUGUCGUACCAGUUGUUGGCAAUCACGAGACAGUUCCUGUCAAUUGUUUUCCUCCGCCUUCUAUACAAAACUCUUAUUCAAUUUCAUGGCUUUACGAUGAAUUGGCCCAACACUGGGCUCAAUGGUUGCCCAAAGAUGCCCAACAAUUGCUUCGUUAUGCCGGUUAUUAUACAUAUGUUGUCAAUAAAGGCUUUCGUGUGAUUGUUUUGAAUACAAACUACUGUUCCCGUUUAAACAUAUGGACAUACUAUGAUCCGGUAGAUCCGGCCAAUCAGCUUAAAUGGCUUAUCAAAGAGUUGGUUAUUGCUGAGAGUGACGGCUAUCGGGUACACAUUGUUGGUCACGUACCGGUAGAUAAUCGCGAGUGCACACAGGCUUGGGUGUAUAACUACUUGGCCAUAGUUGAACGGUUCCAACAUUUAAUUGUUGGCCAAUUUUUUGGUCACACACACGCCGACGAGUUUCGGCUACUCUAUUCAAAUCAUAACAUAAGCCGACCAAUUGGUGUACAAAUAUUGUCGCCAAGUUUGACCACUUUUGAACAAUUCAAUCCAUCCUAUCGUAUAAUAACUGUCCAACAAAAUGGUAUUAUCAGUGAUAUCGAGACAUUUUUCUUCAACAUAACAGAUGCCAACCAAUUGAACGGUUCAUCCGUAAGGACUCCGCUUUGGUUUUAUGAGUAUUCAAUGAAAAAUCAAUACUCAAUAACCAGUUUUACGGCAAAUCAAUUCAAUCAGUUAUAUAAUUUGAUUACCAGUUAUGAACAAUAUUUCAAUUUGUUUUAUUCAUACUAUUAUCGAUUCAGUGAUUAUUCAGUUAAUAAUAUAUGCAAUAAUCAGUGCAGACAUAAACUAUUAAGCGAUUUAAUUGUUAUCAAUCCGUAUGAAAAACUUCCCAAAUCAUUACUACAACGAGGAUAA